AGGCGUCUCAUGGGAAAAAUUGACACGUCUAUCCGUUACGCGGAAAAUCCCUCGAUCUUGGAUAAGGGUCCUAACGAUUUAAUGUUUAAUAUUUUAUGACGUUACAUUUAUUCCGAUUUUUCCGUAAGAAGGUUUGGAGGGAGGGUUAGAACGUUUGAGGAACUUCGGAUUUUUCUCGGGCCUCUUCUGGGCGACGUCGACGUCCACGUAUCCGGACAUGGUCGGCAGGGUUUUAUUAUUAGUCCGCGGAAAGAAUCCGGAGGCCACGAGUGGUCAGUGACCGACCAUGAAGUGUCGGAAAGUGCGGGAAGGCCGAGGGUGGUAACGCUUACAAAACAUUUAUAAAUAGUCAAGUAAAAACGUCCCGUGCGAUCCGGGAACCUCGGGGACAUUUUUCCCGACCUUUUGCCUCCCCCGCGGAAGCCAUUUCCGCGCAAAGUCCCGUCGACGAUUUUCCCGAAAAAGGAGGUUCCUUUCUUCGACAUCCGGUACCGACGGGCACAAAGGACGGAGUAACGAGACUGGGAAAAAUAUUGCAAUUUGUUUCACCGGGAUUUAUCCCCUUUGAAGGGUGGCGGGAAAUUUUCCCCGGAUAACUGGCGACUCUUUCCAGGGAAACCGGGGGGACAUUCGGCGGAAUUUCUAGCUUGGCUUUUUUUCACUUUUUAGUCUCGGGAGACCAUGGUCUCUCGCAGGGCUUCUCGCCGUGCUUGGCAGUCGCAGAAGCUCCGAGGUCCAGCUUCGUCCGAGGAGCUCGACCUCGUUGCCAGCUGGCUUCGCCGUCGUCUCUAUUCUCUGCUCGGAAUCGCGGGGCCAGCCCGUCGAGUCACUCAAAACUUAAGCUCCUCGUUUUAGAAGCUUACCGCCGGAAUCCGCAGCCGAUAAUGGACGUCGCGAUUCGCCGGGAAAGGGAGGGAACUCCCGAUCGGGAGGGAGAGAGAGAGAGAGUUCGAUCCGCGGAUCCCCGUAAUCCUUUGGCGGCCGUAAAACGUCCACCCCCCUUGUCCAUUUUCCCCCUUGAGACGAUGGAAACACCUUUCUCCCUCCUCCAGAGAAGCUAAACAAAUAAUAAACAAAAAAGAACAGAGGAUUGAUCGGCUCAACCGCGAUCUAGGACUUUUACUCGAGACCUCCUUUAAGGGGAUGUAAAUAAAUUCCUGUUGUCCCGGGCGGGCUACCAAAAAUUCCGGAAAAAUUCCUGCAGAUACUAUACAGGGUCCAUUAAUUUUCCCAGGGAGGGCGAUGUCGUGACGAGGGUGUGUUUAUAUUUUCCAGAGGAUGUCGUCGAUACGCACGCACUCGACCGGCGGCGGGAUCGUCGGAGUGAGCAGCAUCGGAUCCGACAGAACCGGAGCCACGUCCACCGCGGGUGGGUCCCACUCUCAUUCCCACUCCCACAGGAAGCACCAUCACCACCACAGGAGCAGAAGCGCCCCCAGGGCGCCGGAGAAACCCCCCAGGAAACGCCAUCUCAACCCCGGACAUAGUCUCGCCUCCAUUCCCAGCCAGAUCAAGCUGUCGAUGCUCAACAGCGGCCUCAUCUCCUUCGCCGCCGAAGAACUGGGAGGGAUCGACACCACCCUGCCCUCGGCCCCCACGGAGCUUUCCCAGUACCCGAAGCUCUGCGAACUCCGAAGAAAGUUCCCCGUCCUUUACCGCGUGGAGUUUCAGAAAGCGACCAAGGUGGAGACGCACUCGUGCAGGCACGCCACGAGGCCUGCAAACCGGGAGAAAAAUCAAAAUCAGAGGUGUAUUCCAUACGAUUACAACCGGGUGGUGCUGGAGACAAUAGAGGGCGAGCCUGACUCGGAUUAUGUCAACGCGUCCUACGUAGAUAGCAUACUCAAGCCGAACGCCUACAUCGUCACUCAGGGACCUACCGAGCACACCGUCACGGAAUUCUGGAGGAUGGUCUGGCAGGAACGAGCAUCCUGCAUCGUGAUGCUCACGAAGACCUUCGACUUCAUCAGGGUGAUGUGCGUGCAGUACUGGCCGGCGAGCAAGGAUAAGGACGAGGACUACGGCGGAAUCGGAGUGUCCGUCCUGAAGGAGGAAGAGCUCGCCAACUUCCACAUAAGGACGAUAAGGCUCUACAAGAAAAACGAGAAGGACGAGAUCACGGAAGAGAGGACCUUGAUUCAAUUCCAUUACACGGAGUGGCACUCCCAUACGUGUCCCUUUGGUAAUGCAGUUUUGGAAUUUCGAAGGAGAGUCAGGGCCGUUGUAGGGUCCACCAUAAAGAACGAGUCGGGGCCCAUGGUGGUGCACUGCAACGACGGAGGUGGUCGGUCAGGAGUCUACCUGGCGAUAGACGCGAACAUGGAACUCGCCGAAGAGGAAGACGCCUUCGACGUGUUCGGGUACCUGAAGAAGCUGCGACAGAGUAGAAAGGGUCUCAUAGAAAACCUGGAUCAAUACAAAUUCGUGUACGACACCCUGGAGGAGUUCGUAGUCUGCGGAGUCUCGUGGUUCCCGGUCUCGGAAUUGUCCCAGAGGCUGAAACAGAAGAGCAUAAAAAAUCCCCUGACCAAGAUGAACGAAUACCAGAGAGAGUAUCAGCAGAUCUGCAAGCAGACUCCAAGAUUCACCAUCGGCGACUGCGCCGGAGGCCACAGGGCGGACAACAGAGAGAAGAACAGAGACGUCCUGGUGGUUCCUCCCGACAACUUUAGACCGUACCUGACGAGCUUCCAAGGCAACAGCUUCACCGACUACAUCAACGCGGUCUUCGUGGACGGCUACACGAAACCCCGGGAGUACAUCGUGACGGAAUGGCCGCUGCGGCACACCUGCGGCGAGUUCUGGUCGUUGGUUUACGACUACGAGUGUUCGGCGGUGGUGGUUCUCUGCGUACCUCCUCAGGGGUCCACGAAUUAUCCCAGCUUCUGGCCGGAGGGAAGGCACUCGAAGAAGUACGGCCCAGUGUUCACCAUCGACCACAUCAGCCACAAUCAUUACACGAACAUCAAGACCUGGGUCUUCAGGAUAAACAAGAAGAUCGUGUCGCUGACGGAGCUGAUGGCCGGGGUGAAGGCGCCCCCGAAGACGGUGCAGCUCUUCCAGCUGACGUGCUGGCCCAUGGGUCACAAGGUCCCGACCUCGACCAACAGUCUGGUGGAGCUGAUGAACAUGGUGGAGAGGUGGCGCCAAAGGACGGACUACGGCCCCGUGGCGGUCGUUUCUCCGGAUGGUCGGAGUAGAUGCGGAGUUUACUGCGCAGCCAAUGCCUGCAUCGAGCAGGUGAUCCAGCACGGCGAGGUCGACAUCUUCCAGGCGGUGAAGACCGUGCGUCGACAUCGGCCCCAGCUCGUCGAGAACAUGACGGAGUACAAGUACUGCUACGACCUGGUGCUGCACUACGUGCUGCACUACCUGAACAAGGACAUGAACGAGAAGAAGUGAGAAAGCGAGUUGAGGGACGAGCUGUGGUUCAUCGAGUUCGGCCGCGGGGCGGCCCUGCCGCUGACCCCCGAGGAGGCCCCUGCGGACGGGGAGCCAGUGGUGCCCUGUGCCCAAGGUCGGGUUGUGGUGGAGACGGCGAGGCCGGCACCUCCC